AAGAAGCAGCGGGAGUAAAGAGGUCUGAUGCAAGUGAUCCAAGUCAUGUAAACAGAGGAAAUGUUUCCGUAUGUCUGCAGAAAGCUGUCUUUGUUUAAUCGCGUUUAUCCUAUUACUCCAGCUGAUACAUUAAAUGUGACAUUUGGUCAUGGCUGAGGAUCCAGCAGCAGAAAUCCAGCUACUCAGACGCCAGAAGGUCAAGCUGAUCGAAAUUCUGAGCGCAGACGCUGACUUUGUCCUGCAGCAUGCAGACUCUCGCUGUCUGCUGUCUGUUCAUGGGUACCAGCAGGUGAAAUCCUGCCGUGUUCCCAGUGAGAAGGUGACAGACCUGUUGGAUCACAUCAUCCACAGAGGUCCUGAAGCAGCGCAGGGUCUGCUGGAGCUGCUGAACGACCAGGCCCUGCAGGAAACCUUCCCAUUGCUUCACUUUCUAAAGGAUCUGCAGGUCAACACACUGGCUACAGGAAGAAAAGAAACAUCAAGAAAGAGAGAAACAGCUCCAGACUUAGAAGAGAUCAUUCCAGCCAAGCAGAUCUGCACCAAAGGCUCUCGCCCAGUGAAGGAGAAGCAGCUGAUGACUGUGGCUCGUACCAUUGGCAGAUCCUGGAGGGAGAUUGGCAGACUGGCUCUGGACAUCCCCAAUGUGAAGCUGGAACAGAUUGAAGAGGACCAUUCAAUCCAUGUAGAGCGAGUGUUUGCCAUGCUGCGCUACUGGAGCACCUGCCAGAGGGAGAAAGCCACUGCUGCUCGCCUGCACUCGCUGCUCAGUCAGGAGGACUGGGCGCUGCCACCUGAGAGCAUUGACUUCCUGUUGGAGACUGACUGAGGCCUUUGCUGUCUGGUGCUAUGUGAGACUGAACCCUGAAACACAGAGACUGUCAUUCCACAUCAGGAAAUAAAUAACACUUGAAGUCUUGAAUACUUUAUAGAAUUACGCCACAGAGCCAUUAAGUACCACUGACGCCUUUUGUUCAAGGUUCUUCAUGUAUGUUUACAAUCCGUCUAUAAUGUUGCACCCUGAUUGUUGUACUGUAAUUUUACUAUGUUGGUUUUUUCUGUGCACACCACAUGCAUUGCAUGUGUCUCUGUCCUAGAAGAGGGAUCCCGCCUCUGUUGCUCUUAUUGAGGUUUCUUUCUUUUCUUUUUUUUACUGUUAAAGUUUUUAAAGUGGUGGUGGGAGGUGUCAGUGAUCAACAGUGCUGGUCUUAUUUCAGUGACAGUGAAAGUGAAACCUCUGUCGCAGACAAAUGUCCAUCAUCAUAAAAUCAUGAAAGUUUUGCUAGAGUUGUGACAUGCUCCCUUGAUCUUGAUCGUUUGUUCUAAGGUGGUCUUUAAACUCAGUCCGGCUGUCUUAAGUCAGUCUUUUUCUUGUGGUGACAUUCUGAUAAAAUCAAACAUGUUUAAUGAUAUCUCAUGUGACCCUGCAACAUCCCCAGUCUUGUGACUAAAAACUCUGACUUUGUGUCUUCAGAUGUAAGUAAGUGUAUGGUAGGCAUUACACUUCUUGUCCAUGACAGCUUUAAUACAAAAAACUGAGUUUUGCUUUAUGAAAUUUCUUUGAAAUAGGUGCCUUUUGUUUUCUGUUAAAAGUGUCUGUACUGAGGAUUUUUAUUCUUCUUUCAGUCAAGGAGAAGUGGUCAUUUUUAUUAUCUCUGCCAGGCGUAAGCCAGUAGAGGACCAGGCGCUUUUAAGUGUGUGUGUGUGUGUGUGUGUGUGUGUGUGUGUGUGUGUGUGUGUAUGUAUCUGUCUGGCAGCUAAUCUUGCAAACUACUGGACCAAUCAGCCUAAUAAUUGGGCAAUUUGUGAGCAUAAUUAUGACUGUAUGGUCAAAGACCUCUCAUGGUUUGGGUGAUUCAAAGUGUGACUGUUUUGUACCAUCAUUGACCAUCAUUGCUGACUUUGUACUUCUUUUAAUCGGCCAGCAGGGGCCACAUGUUUUCUGGAAAUCAGCUCAACUACAAAAGCAAAAAACAAUCUUUCUAAAGAAGUUAUAUUCUGGAUAUUAAACCUGUUUUGUUUAAGUAAUUAAAUAAAGCCCUUUACAUCUGUA